AUGCCUCAGCAGCACCCGUUUAAACGAGUGCGGCACACCAACAUUUUCGUGUGGUGUGUUGCCGUCGUCUGCACUGUCUUAACGAUCCUGGUGAUCAUCGGCGGCAUCGCGGUGUUCAUCGGCUAUCUCAUCGAGCGGCCGAGGGUGCCGUUCAUCAGCAUCACAUACACGCGACUCGAUGUGUUCAAUUAUGACGGGGCCGGAAUACUCACCGCCAAAUUGACCAUUCGCAUGAAGUGGGAGAACGACAAUGCCCGGGCGCAUGCUAGCUUCUACAAUGCAGGGUUCCUCCUUAGCCUGCACGGCCUGGAGAUAGCGCAGCUGGUCGCAGAUUCGUUCGAGAUACCCAAGAACAGCUCGGUCGAGUUCGACUACUCGGUCGAGUCGUCCCCGAUACCGCUGGACCCAGAGCAGAUGAGGCAGGUGGACUCGUCGAUAAAGCAAGAUUUAGUGGUGUUCGAGCUGAAGGGGAAAGCCAGAACCCGGUGGAGAGUGGGGAUUGUUGGCUCGGUGAAGUUCCGGUUGCGGUUGAACUGUGAACUCCGUUUCAUUCUGUCAAAUAGGAAUAGUACAGGCUCUCGUUGCAGCUCCAAAACAAAGUGA